UUUGUUUUAAAAAUAUAUAUAUAUACAUCGUGGUGUCGUGCUUUGUUGUCUGGUGAUGGAGUAGGAUGCGUUACCUGCUGUGGGUGGUGUUGCUGGCGACUGCCGUGGGUGGCAGGAGGCGCCAUAACAAGCCCGGCCGGGCGGUGCUGGACCGGCUCGCGAGCACGACCGUGAGUGAUGUGGACACGGUCACGAGCGCAGCGGUUAGCGGCUUGUUGCCCGCUCCGCUAGAUGUCGCGCCGUAUUCCGUGAUCGCGGCCAACGCGACUUGCGGAGAAGAUGGGGAAGAAGAAUAUUGUCGGGACACGCCCGGAAAGCGUGGUACCGUAUGUGAUAUCUGCGAGGGUCCGGACGGCUCGUCUUUCCGCAGACAUCCGCCAUCACACGCACUGGACGGAGACACUUCAACUUGGUGGCAAAGUCCUACAUUGGCUGCAGGCGAGCAGUAUAAGCACGUCGAGUUAAUCACAACUUUGCCAGACCGAAGAAGCCGGGUUGUCGAUAAACAUAAGCAAGACCAAGUUCAUGGUAGUCUCAAGAAACCCGGAUUUGAGUUCAAGCGUAUCUGUAGCUGGGAAACAACUAGAGCGGGUACGACAGUACAAGUAUUUAGGGGCUUGGGUAAACGAAGCAUGGGAAUCUGA